AUGGGUGGCAGCGAUGUUCUUCCGGGGACGUGGCCCUGGAUGGUCAGCAUCCAGACGAAAGUACACGGGAACUUCUACUUUCCUACCUGUGGAGGAACACUCAUCGGCCCCCAAUGGGUCCUCAGUGCAGUCCACUGCUUCCCAAAAGCAAAAGACCAGUACAAGCUUGUUCUUGGCACCAACCGGAUCAAGAAGCUGGGCCCCGAGGCCGAGCAGCGCUUCAUUAAGAGGCUGGUGAAACAUGAGAAGUAUGACAACCAGCUGAACCAAGGAGAAGUAGUGUUUGCAGACAUCGCCUUGCUGGAGAUGGACGAGCCCGUCAACUGCAGCGACUACAUCCAGCCAGCCUGCCUGCCUGACGAAACCCUGCCGAUUUUGGCGCUCAGCCAUUGCUACGUCAGCGGCUGGGGCGGCCUGCAGCCAAAAGAUUCCACCCCUCCUGACAUCAUGCAAGAAGGGGCAACGAGUACCUACACUAGAAUCCAAUGUGGGAUGCGGUGGGGCAGGAGGAUCCCUACACAGAACGUCUGUGCCGGACACGAAGAAGGAACAAUUUCAAUCUGCCGGGGUGACAGCGGAGGCCCCCUGAUGUGCAGGGAAGAGAGAUCCGAGCGCUACUGGGUGAUUGGAGUCGCCAGCUUCGGACCGGUCUACUGCGGCACAGCGAAGCUGCCAAGCGUCUUCAUUUCCACGCAGUACUACCUGGACUGGAUCCAGACAACCUCUAAGCUGCAGCUCUCGGUUCCCACACUCACGCCGCUGCUGGCGCAGCCCCAGGCCACAACAACGCGCAGGCCCAGGACUUUUCCUACCGCUGCCAGACCAAGACCCCAUAGGCCUGCCUGGGUGAGGCCCACACGGUGGGGUGUGAGGCCUCCUCCCCAGGUGCAGACCACAAGGUCCUCCUUCCCUUUCUGGAUGAGGGAGAACUAUUUUUGGGGUAAGCGGAAGCCUGGCCGCAGGACUAGGUACAGAUCGCAGCUGCCCUCAUUCCAUAUGGCACCUCGAAGUCAUUUCGCAGAUCCACCAGGGUACUACCCUGGCUCCGAAGACUACUCCGAUCUGCUUCUGCCCUCAGGAAAGCAGGAUUGA